AUAAACGAUUCGUCAGACUGGUUACGUCUGUACGAAAUCUCUCCUCCCCCUAGUUCCAGUGACCUGCCAAACUGAGUGUACGUUACAUUAUUCUGAAAGUACGGGCAGUCGUUUGUUAACAAAGGCUUAGGUUUAGGUUUGUGGAAAGCCAGGUCAUAUUUAUGAUACAGACUGUUCGAUAGUGUUCAUUUGCUAGCCAGCAUACGGCUAGCUGGCUAGCCAUUAGACGGCAGCUGCUGGUUAGCAAGGCAGCAAGCUCCAGCUUACGGAGUUCGAAUUACUCUAAGAAACUACUCAGCAGUUUGUUACCCUAAGACUCUUCAGAGUGCUGGUAAAUAAUAAACGAAGAUGAGAAUUAUGCUGGAUUUUGAAGAAUGUCUCAAGGACUCCCCGCGGUUCAGGGCCACAAUAGAGGAGGUGGAGGGGGACGUCUGUGAACUGGAGACCAAGCUGGACAAGUUGGUGAAACUAUGUAUUGGCAUGAUUGAUGCUGGAAAGGCCUACAAUGCGGCCAACAAGCAGUUUGUGAAUGGCAUCCGGGAGCUCGCACAGCAGUCCACCAGAGAUGAGGUCAUUGAGUCUAGCCUGACAAAGUUUGCUGAAAGCCUGCAAGAGAUGAUCAACUACCACACAAUACUAUUUGACCAAGCCCAGAGAUCAAUCAAAUCCCAACUCCAGACGUUUAUGAAGGAAGACCUGCGGAAAUUCAAGGAGGCCAAAAAGCAGUUUGACAAGGUGAGCGAGGAGAAGGAGGCGGCGCUGACCAAGAAUGCCCAGGCGCCGCGCAACAAGCAGCACGAGGUGGAGGAGGCCACCAGCAUCCUCACGGCCACGCGCAAGUGCUUCCGCCACAUCGUCCUCGACUACGUGCUCCAGAUUAAUGUCCUCCAGUCCAAAAGAAGAUCAGAAAUCCUUAAAUCGAUGUUGUCCUUUAUGUACGCCCACCUGACGUUCUUCCAUCAAGGCUACGACCUGUUCAGUGAGCUGCAGCCCUUAAUGAAACAACUCGGUGGACAGCUGGACCAGUUGGUGGUGGACGCAGCCAAGGAGAAGAGGGACAUGGAGAUGAAGCACUCCACCAUUCAGCAGAAGGCUGCUCUGCAGGACUUUUCGAAUGACGACACCAAACUGGAGUACAAUGUGGAUGCCGAGAAUGGAAUCGCUAUGGAGGGCUAUCUGUUCAAGAGGGCCAGUAAUGCCUUCAAAACAUGGAACAGGAGAUGGUUCUCGAUUCAAAACAAUCAGCUAGUGUACCAGAAGAAAUUUAAGGACAACCCCACGGUGGUGGUGGAGGACCUGAGGCUGUGCACGGUGAAGCACUGCGAGGACAUCGAGCGGCGCUUCUGCUUUGAGGUGGUGUCCCCCACUAAGAGCUGCAUGAUGCAGGCGGACUCUGAGAAACUGCGGCAAGCCUGGAUCAAAGCCGUCCAGAAUAGCAUCGCCACAGCCUUCAGGGAGAAGGGAGAUGACGGCGAGAAGCUGGACAGGAAGUCGUCCACGUCUACGGGCAGCCUGGACUCAAGUGGCGAGCCGCGGGAGAAGAGCCUGAAGGGGGACAGCGCUCUGCAGAAGGUCAUGGCCAUCGCCGGGAACACGGCCUGCUGCGACUGCGGCCAGCCUGACCCCCGCUGGGCCAGCAUCAACCUGGGCAUCACGCUCUGCAUACAGUGCUCCGGCAUACACAGGAGUCUGGGAGUGCACUUCUCCAAGGUCAGAUCCCUCACCCUGGACUCAUGGGAGCCAGAGCUACUGAAGUUGAUGUGUGAAUUGGGGAACGGAGUCAUCAAUCAGAUCUAUGAGGCUCGGCGAGAGGAGUUGGGAGCCAGGAAACCGCACCCUGGAGACCCCAGGCAUGAGGUGGAAGCAUACAUCAAGGCCAAGUAUGUGGACCGGCGGUUUGUGCGGUGUCCGUCGGACGACGAGCUGAAGCUGAAGGUGGUGAGCCUGAGCAAGCAGGAGAAGCGUCUGAGCAGCAGCAGCUCUGAGCUGGCCCCCCCGCGAGCGCCGCCCCCCACCCCCAAACAGAGGCCCGCGUCCGGGGCAUCAGCAGCGGCCGGCCUUGAGGAGGUGCGUCGCGAGUCGCUCUUUGGCGCAGACGAGUUAGACUCGCUCUUCUCCUACUUUGAUACCUCCUCAAAACUGCGCAGUACUGGUGCUGCCUUGGCCGGCCAGAAAAUAAAGAGCGAGGACAGUGGCAUCCAGAACAGUGCUGACGGAAGCAGAGAGAUGCUGGCCAACACCGCCUCAACCAACAGCCUGAAUGACACAGAAGCGGUUGAGGCGGAGGCGGCGAUGUGCGUGGCGUCGGCGUGUAAGGAGCAGGUGCUGUUCUCCGAGCCCAAGGAGUACUCGCCCGGCAUGCAGCUCUACUGGGCCUCCUACGCCCGCAGCCUGCCAGACAUGGCCCAGGCCCUCGCCCACGGGGCCCAGGUCAACUGGAUCAGCGCCGAGGACGACAAGAGGACGCCGCUCAUCAUGGCCGUGCAGGGGGGCUCUCUGGUGGCUUGUGAGUUCCUGCUCCAGAACGGUGCCAGUGUGAACCAGCAGGACGUGCAUGGGAGAGGACCCCUCCACCACGCCACCAUCCUGGGACACACCGGACAAGUGUGUUUAUUCCUGAAAAGAGGAGCCAAUCAGAAUGCGACAGACAUUGACGACAAAACGCCCUUGACCAUUGCUGUGGAGGCAGCCAACGCUGACAUUGUGACGCUGUUGCGGCUGGCCAAGAUGAAUGAUGAGAUGCGGGAGGCGGAGGGCCCCUACAGUCAGUCAGGAGAUGAAACCUAUCAGGACAUUUUCCAAGACUUCACCCAGAUGGCAUCAAACGAUCCCGACAAGUUGAACCGAUUCCAACCAUAUGACUCUCCGAGGCAAUGAGAGAGAGAGAGAGAGUUGAGGAGACAGGACAGGUGCCCCGUCUUUUAGACCCUUCUGGAAUCUUCAGAGAGCUGGGCUCCUGGCCGUUCGGGGUGUCCAUCGCUUGAACCCAGUGAGGACUGCUGAUGGCCCUGGACAAGCUUAAUAAAUUAUUUUGUACCUUUUUUUUUUUUUUUUUUUCCAAGGACUUCAGGAUGUUUUAUCUGCAAAGACUGUCUUAGAGUACAUUUCAAUGAGACCAGCAUAGUUGGGUGUCUUUCUAUUCCACAUCACACAUUUCAAUAUAUUAUGUCCAUAUUCUUAAUGACAAAGACCAUAGGUUUUCUGCAUUCUUUUAAAACACAAUUUUAUCAGCAAAUGUUGUGUGGUGCUUAUAAUUUUCAGUAAGUAAAUUAUAAAAUUGAUGUGUUUUUUUUUUACUAUUAGUUCAGUAUAGUGUUCAUCAAUCAAAAAGAGUGGGAAAGUGAAUAGUGUUUUUUUUUAAGAUCUCAUCUGUCUGAGUUCUUAAUUUAGUGUGCGUCAUGGGUUUGAUAGUGUUUUGUCAUCUCUCUCUAUGAAAUGAUUGAGACAUUCAGUAUUAUAUCUGAUGGAUCCAAAUAUUUUUGAGACAUCAUGACCUAGAGCUGCCAAUCACCAUCAAGUCAGGUACACAUUUGUAUUUGGUCAAAUUCUACAACAUAUUCUUGGACAGCACUUGAGAGAGUUGUCAAACCUGGAGUGAUGCACCUCAGUCAGUCUCUAUGCAAAAACUCUACUAGUGGUUUAUGGGUAAAGAAUAUAGCAUUUAGUCCAAGCUUGCUGAUUCACAUACGAUGGGACUCGACUCGAGACAUGUAGACUGAUCCAUGUGGCCACUCAACAUACAUACCCUAUCACCCUGCAGUGUCAUCGCAGUGGCCUUUUCAACCAUGUUUAAUAGUUAAUGCGGUAUGUGUCUGUAUUCAUAAGAUAUUAACUUACGGUCUGUUUGAGCAGCAGCCUCUAUAAUCCCCUAUUGAGCCGAAGCUCACUAUAUGACAGGGCAGAUCAUGUAUCCUUCCCUAUCUAUCUCUAUCUUGCUCUGUCAAUCUGCCUCUUUCUAUCUCUUGUGAAGUCCUGUGAUAUUCUAAGAUGUCCUCCAAAUGUGUGAACGUAUGCAAACAUGAAUCCUCACGCUCUUCUUCAGACUAUGGGAUGUGAGCCAUGUACAGUUGUACAGAAGCAUAUAAACUAUAUGCCUUAGAUAGCUUUGUUUUUAAUGAAGACAUAGUGGUACUUGAAUCAUUUAGAUAAGCUUGUUUGUCUUUGAGUUGUUUUUGUUGAUUUGUUUUUUAUUUUUAUUUUUUGUCAACUUGUCUGUUCUUCUUGUUUUGUACCGAAGGCCCCCACCCCAUACUCCAUAAUUAUGUGUAUGAUUCAUGCCAUUUUUAAAAGGAAUAUUGUGUAUAGCAAAUCUAGGUCUGAACAAAUUCUCACAGAAUGUUGGACUUGUAUUUUCUGUAUGAUUUUAUAAAAGCAUUUUUUUCUGUUGGCAUUAA